CAGAAUUGUCCAAAAUGCCCAUAGAAGAUCCAACGAAUUUUCCAUUUGCCCAUACGCGUAAGACCCCACCAUGACAUCACUCCUUCCCUAUAAAACCCAUCCACCUGCAACCUUUCUUCUUGGUUUAAGACACCAAAAACAAACACUCACAAAUAAAAACUUCCCUCUUCUCUCCCAAAUCCUCAGAAAUUCAAAAAAAAAUCCCUAACACCAAUGGUGGCCGUUGAUUAUACCGAGAAGAAUAGUGGAAGCAGUCUCAAGUUUCUAUGCAGUUACGGUGGUAGAAUCUUCCCUCGUUCCACCGAUGGCAAGCUCCGUUACGUCGGAGGUCACACCAGAGUCCUCUCCGUUGAUCGUUCUAUCUCUUUCUCAGAGCUGAUGAAGAAACUCUAUGAAUUCUGUGGAUACUCCGUUGAUCUACGAUGUCAAUUACCAAACGGAGAUCUCGAGACUCUAAUCUCCGUUAAAUCAGAAGAAGAACUAGCGAACAUCGUCGAAGAGUACGAUCGCAUCUCCGGAGCUAAGAUCAGAGCCGUUCUAUCGCCUCCGAGAUCUUCGCAUAAGAACGAUUCGUCGCCGUCUUCAAGCGGCGAUCGAUCUCCGAAAUCUCCGUUCUCCAUCACGCCUUCACCGCCGAAUUCGCCGUCGCCGGCGUACGGAAGAUAUCUACAAUCUCGGUAUUGUCCAGCGGAUCUUUUUCCGAGAAGAUACAAUCAUAGAUCGGAAGAAUCUCAUUGCUGCUAUGCGUGUCGUGUACACAACAAAGACUCUAGGCUCGUAUGGCAUUGAAGGAGAUUGGGGAAAAAAUCGAAUAUACGCCAUAGAUACGGAUACGAAUACGAAUACGAUGAUAAUGACGAAGAAGAAGCAAUUAAAAAAAAAAGGGAUUUAAUUUAGGUUUUGUGGAAUUUUUACGAUCUGUUGAUUUUUUGUGAAGAGAAGAAUUAAAAUUUUCCUAAACAA